UACUCCUCCUCUUCCGGUCCCCAUCCCUUCUCUUUUUCUAUUGCUUUUGAUCGGGUGACGCCCAGCUGCGUUCGCAGAGGUUCUCGUUCUUAAUCGAUCGGUAUGCCUCCGACAUCUCAUAUCAUUUUAUGUUGAAGGGCAUCGGGAUCCUUAGCUUCCCCUCUGCUGUUGUGCUGCCAGCAAACGAGAUGCUGUUGCUUCUCUUUCUUCCUCGAUCUCCUUUGACACUCAACCGGUAACGUGGUUCUCCCCCUUUGCCUAAACAUCUUUAUUCCUUGUUUCUGGUAACUGGUGAUGCCUUCCUCCACCCAUGGAUGGGAAACCCCGCGUUUCUGACCCCAUUUUCUUGUGCCGCAUCUGCUUCUUUAGCCAAAAGAAAGAGACCGUAAGGUCUUAUGACUCCUCCAACUCCUCUCUGUCUUCCUCCUAUUUGAUCCCGCAAGCCAAUAGAAGCUUUAAGUUGUAGGAUGGGUUGUGUGCAUAGCAAGUGCUUUGACCAUUCCAAGAAGGGCUGCUGCAGCUGCGGCUGCGGCUGCGGCUGCAACUGCAACCGCUGCCUCCACUGCUCCCACUGCCGUGCCUCCGCCGACGAUGACGCCGAACCCUCCCGCGUCGACGAGGACGACCGCUUGCAGCAGCACAGCCACCUCAUUCGCCACGUCCUCUCCGCCGCCUCCCUCGGCUCCGCCGAUGUCCCCUCCGCCGGCCUCCGCCUGCAUUACUCCUCCCUCACGCAGCGGGGCUACUUCCCCGGCUCGCCGGACCGCGCCAACCAGGACAGCUUCUGCGUGAUGACGCAAUUCCAGGGCAACCCCGACCUCCACUUCUUCGGCGUGUUCGACGGCCACGGGAAGUUCGGUGCCGAGUGCGCCGCGUUCGUCCGCGACAAGCUCACGGCCGUCCUGUCCGCCGACCCUCGCCUGUGGGAGAACCCCGCGGAAGCGUACGACUCGGCUUUCGCCGCCACGAACUUGGCGCUCCACGAAAGCGAGAUCGACGACUCGAUGAGCGGCACCACCGCGAUCACGGUGCUCAUCCGGGGCGACACGCUAUUCGUCGCGAACGUAGGGGAUUCGCGGGCGGUGGCAGGUGUUUGGGAUUGGGACCGCGUGGUGGCGGAGGACUUGUCGAGCGACCACACGCCGUUGCGGAAGGACGAGUGCGAGAGGGUGAGCCUGUGCGGGGCGAGGGUGUUGACAGUGAAACAAUUGGAGAACGAGGGCGACGAGGAGAGCGAGGGCGACGAGGAGAGCGACGACAGCGGCGACCCGCCAAGGCUGUGGGUGCAGAAUGGGAUGUAUCCGGGGACGAUGUUCACCAGGAGCGUCGGGGACUUGGUGGCGGAGAGCAUCGGUGUUGUCGCCGUCCCGGAGAUCAAGGUGGUGAAGAUAACUGACAACCAUUCGUUCUUCGUCAUAGCAAGCGAUGGGGUUUUCCAGUUCCUCUCCAGUCAAGCAGUAGUUGACAUGGUUUCUAGUUUUGUGGAUCCCCGCGACGCCUGCUCAAAGAUCGUUGCUGAAUCCUACAAGCUGUGGUUGGAACGCGAAGGCCGGACUGAUGAUACGACGAUCAUCAUCGUCCGCAUCAAAGAUUUGUCUGAGAUGCAUCCAAUUGUUUGAGAUUCUUCUCAUCAGCUAAUAACCAUCAGCGAAGCUGUUGUUUCAUAGACAAGAACAGAGAAGGCGAUUCCUUUCCAUCAUUCUUAGUGGAUCUAUAGAUCAAUAGUGAAGCUAAACUGUUUGUAAGCUUGUUCCAAUUGACAAGAUCAUGUAUCAACCCAUGAUCUGGGGAUGGACUCACAAGUUUUUAGUUCAGUAAGAGUCUUCAUUUCAUGUUCAAACUGUUUAAAGCCGUCUUCAUGUGAGUAGAUUGGACUCAUCUCCACCGGUCUCUCCAUUUACAUUUCAA